GUGACUAGCACUGCCGAGGCGUGGUCACAGAUUAAGCUCCACCCCGGGUUGUUGAACCCCUAAGUAGAACUGAUGGGCGGGAUUAAGGUGGAACCGACGACCAAACACAAACUCUUGAGCUAAGGCACGGCCAAUUGGGCCGGGGUAGAGAGGAGGGGUGUUGCGGAGAAUUUUAACCAAUAAAGAGUAGAGACCGGUGGAGACUGUAGACCCUCUUCCAAUAAGAAGCGGGAAGGGCGUGCCUUGCCACUUUCACUAGGGCGAAGGCAGGGUUUGCCGAAACCUCCCGAAGCCGGCCAAUGAGAUCGGAGGCGGAGCCAAGCUCAGCCAACCAGAAAGCCGAAUUGAUCUCAGCACCGUUACUGGGGCAGUGCCUACGGUCUUCAAGCCACUAAGCUCUCGUGAGGGGAGGCCCCGGAGCCUUCCAAUGAGGGACUGGGGCUAACUCUAGUUCUUCCAAUCGGUGCGCGGCGCUGGCAAUUCAAACUGAUACCGGGUUGGAGAGGCAGGAAAAGCGGAAGAGGGAGCGAAAACCAACGUGUUCGGUGACAGACCCCAGCGCCGACUGAGCCUCUAAAGCGACUUCAGCUCUGCCCCACCAACACCACCGCGCGCCCGGGAACAGCCGCUCCGGGAAAAGACCUGAGGGGACUGCGGGGGGCACGAGGGACAGCUGAGGGAAGGGAGGACGCGAGAGAAACAGCGCGAGCACGCUGAGGGCCGGGGGUUGCCAGGAGAGGGGCCCGCGGACCCGCAGAGCGGAGGAAGGUCCGGGAGAAAAGGGGCGGGACGGAGGAGAAUCCGGGAUCGCCUGGCAGAAAAAGAGAAGGGAGUUUCUGAAUCCUGGGAAGAGGAGGCGUGGGUAGGGACGCUUAGCCCGAGAUCCGACAGCAGGGAACGGGAGCGCUCCGGGGGAGGGGCUUAAUGCUGGGGAAGGGAUGUCUUAAAAGAGGAGAAGCUUUAAAUUAGACGAUCGGAGAAGGCUGAGGGAAUUGCUGUGAAGGGGCGGGAGCUGAAUUGUGGAGGACUCCUUUAGACAGCAGAAAGGGAAAGCCGUUGAGAAGUUCCCUUCAAACUCCACCUGCCUCCUCUCCAAUUCAAACUCCACUCCCUUCUCCAAAAGUUAAAAGGAAAGCCAAGUUUGCCACGCUCCCCUGUUCCUACUCAAUAAAUACUUCUUCUACUCCGCCACCGGGAAAACAGAAAAAAAAAACUAAUUUCCUUCCCAAUAUUAGGACUUAGAAAAGCUCUAGGUCCCGCAAUUUGAAUUUUAGCCUAGGGGAAUCAAAAUAGUAGGAGCAUUACUCUCGUUUCCUUUUUCAAAAUCCCACACCUCAUCCUUCCUGCGACGCCAUGUCUACCAACAUUUGUAGUUUCAAGGACAGGUGCGUGUCCAUCCUGUGUUGCAAAUUCUGUAAACAAGUGCUCAGCUCUAGGGGAAUGAAGGCUGUUUUGCUGGCUGAUACUGAAAUAGACCUUUUCUCUACAGACAUCCCUCCUACCAACGCAGUGGACUUCACUGGAAGAUGCUAUUUCACCAAAAUCUGCAAAUGUAAACUGAAGGACAUCGCAUGUUUAAAAUGUGGGAACAUUGUAGGUUAUCAUGUGAUUGUUCCAUGUAGUUCCUGUCUUCUUUCCUGCAACAACGGACACUUCUGGAUGUUUCACAGCCAGGCAGUUUAUGAUAUUAACAGACUAGACUCCACAGGUGUAAACGUCCUACUUUGGGGCAACUUGCCAGAGAUAGAAGAGAGUACAGAUGAAGAUGUGUUAAAUAUCUCAGCAGAGGAGUGUAUUAGAUAAAUGGAAUUAUGAUAUAUAUGAUAUACAAACUUUUUUCUAUUUAAAAAUAUAUUAAUGGAUCAACUUUAAAAUUGUUAGUUGCCAGUGAUCUUUUUUGGAAAACAAAAAUGGGGCAUUUGUUGAUUUAUUUAUUUUCUGUCUCUAAUUAGUUACCUCAGUUUGAUUGAAGCCAGUGGAGUUGUGCUUUUCCUCUACUUCUACUUCCUCUCCCCCACCUUUUUCUGCCCAGUGUAGGUGUAUUCUUAAAUUCAGACAGGGGAAGAUUCUUUCACAUAUCACUCAGUUACCUCCCAAUCUGGGGGAGUUUUUCUUACAACUUGAUACCAGAUACCAUUAAUUUUACAUUCCUGAAUAAAGGCCUAGUACCCACGCAUAUUUCAACCAUGCAUAUAUCAAGCUCAACCGAGUUUUAAUAGGGGAUUAUAAAAACAAGCUGUUAGGUUUCCAUGGGCACUGGUUCUCAUAGGUUCUAUUGGUGAUAACUGCUUUAACAUGGAGCAAGAGUUUGUGAAUCAGGAAAUAGAAUAAAUUAAAAUUUAAAAUAUAUGGAGGAAUCCUCUUGAUUGCUCAGCAUGAUGUUAGAUAAAUGAGUUUGUCAGAAAAUAUCAGUAUACACUGUUUACCAAUGUUAUUUAUUUACAUUCUUCUAAAGCCAUUAUGGAUAUUGUAUUAUGAGGGCUAAACCUAAAUAAGUUAUCCUGUUCCCUAGGACUUUCUCUGUAAAUAGUGAAUUUUAGACAAGUAGUCUGUCCUAAAUCUUAAAUAGAAAAAAAACUAAAGCGAUUUGCUUAAGCCAUUGUACAUUAUAAAGAGCUGUUUUGUUUUGCUUUGCUUUGCUUUGCUUUGUUUUGUUUUUUUAAAGCUGCGCUCAGAGCCACAAAGGAAUAGGAAAGUAGGGUAGUGUUGGAUUCUGGUUUUAUGUAAAGCUAAAAUAAAUGUAUCUCUUUAAUAUCUCAGUUGUAGGGAUUUUGUCAAUACCAAAGCAGACUGAGUUGUGGUUUUGUAAAUAAAGUUUUUUCUAAAAAUGA